CCUCCUGGCCCUGUCUGCAGAGGCUCGCAUUCUUCCUCGCCCCGAGGUCCGGGGCUGCUGCCGCGGGAGCGUACCGCAUCGCUCCUGGGGCCUCCCACGCGUGGAGUUCUGAAGCCAUCGACAGCGCUUGGCACGUCUGAGCUCCGGUGGGCGAGGGCCUGCAGGUUUCCUCCAGCUAGGGAGGACGGAGAGCGGAGGCGGAGGCGGAGGCGGAGGCGGAGGCAGUUUCAGGCCUUAGGCCGGGCGGGCGGUGUAGGGUGAGACGCGCCCAUCAUUCGCCAUCCGGGGCGCGCGCGGCUCCAUUAGGACCUCACCGGCGACCCGUAGCUCGGGCACGCGCUUGUCGCAGCCCGCAGGAAGGAGGGGUCCGGCCUGAGGCCCGGGACGGCGGCCGCCAUGGAGAUCCCCUCGGCCCAGGGCCCGCGCCUGGGGCCUUGGGGGCGGCCCUGACCGCCCUCCUGCCUGCCGGGGCUGGGUCGCGGACGUGCCCCCGGCUGCAGUCGGCCACUUCUGCCUCUCCACCCUCCCCGGGCCGCGCAGCAGCUUGGGCGCGGCGGCGGCGACGGCGCCCUGUUGAAUGGGCUGUGAGGGCCCAGGUUUGAAGCGCUGGCGAACGCGGCCUCCGGGGGCGCAAGGCAGCAGCAGCGGUGGCGACCAAACGGGUGUUGGAGUUGGCGGCGGCCAUGGAAGGCCUGGCUGGCUAUGUAUACAAAGCGGCCAGCGAGGGCAAGGUGCUGACCCUAGCCGCCUUGCUUCUCAACCGGUCUGAAAGCGAUAUCCGCUAUCUGCUAGGCUAUGUGAGCCAGCAGGGAGGGCAGCGCUCCACGCCCCUCAUCAUCGCAGCUCGCAAUGGCCACGCCAAGGUGGUGCGCUUGCUGUUGGAACACUACCGGGUGCAGACUCAGCAGACUGGCACUGUCCGCUUCGACGGAUAUGUCAUUGAUGGUGCCACUGCUCUUUGGUGUGCAGCAGGAGCAGGACAUUUUGAAGUUGUUAAACUUCUUGUCAGUCAUGGAGCCAAUGUGAACCACACUACAGUAACUAACUCAACCCCCCUGCGUGCAGCUUGCUUUGAUGGCCGACUGGACAUUGUGAAAUACUUGGUUGAAAAUAAUGCCAACAUCAGCAUUGCCAACAAGUACGACAACACUUGCCUAAUGAUUGCAGCAUAUAAGGGACACACUGAUGUGGUCAGAUACCUUUUAGAACAACGUGCUGAUCCCAAUGCUAAAGCACAUUGUGGAGCCACAGCAUUGCACUUUGCAGCUGAAGCUGGGCACAUAGACAUUGUAAAAGAGCUGAUAAAAUGGCGUGCUGCUAUAGUAGUGAACGGCCAUGGGAUGACACCAUUAAAAGUGGCUGCUGAAAGCUGUAAAGCUGAUGUUGUCGAACUGUUGCUCUCUCAUGCCGAUUGUGACCGAAGAAGUCGGAUUGAAGCUUUGGAACUCUUGGGUGCCUCCUUUGCAAAUGACCGUGAGAACUAUGACAUCAUGAAGACAUACCACUAUUUAUAUUUAGCCAUGUUGGAGAGGUUUCAGGAUGGUGAUAAUAUUCUUGAGAAAGAGGUCCUCCCACCAAUCCAUGCUUAUGGGAAUAGAACUGAAUGUAGAAAUCCUCAGGAACUGGAAUCCAUUCGGCAAGACAGAGAUGCUCUUCAUAUGGAAGGCCUUAUAGUUCGGGAACGGAUUUUAGGUGCCGACAAUAUUGAUGUUUCUCAUCCCAUCAUUUACAGGGGAGCUGUUUAUGCAGAUAACAUGGAAUUUGAACAGUGUAUCAAGUUGUGGCUUCACGCCCUGCACCUCAGACAGAAAGGUAACAGGAAUACCCACAAAGAUCUUCUUCGAUUUGCUCAAGUUUUCUCACAGAUGAUACAUUUGAAUGAAACUGUGAAGGCCCCAGACAUAGAAUGUGUUUUGAGAUGCAGUGUUUUGGAAAUAGAACAGAGUAUGAACAGAGUACGAAAUAUUUCAGAUGCUGAUGUCCACAAUGCUAUGGACAAUUAUGAAUGUAAUCUCUAUACCUUUCUGUAUUUAGUGUGCAUCUCCACCAAAACACAGUGCAGUGAAGAAGAUCAGUGCAAAAUUAACAAGCAGAUCUACAACCUGAUUCAUCUUGAUCCCAGAACUCGGGAAGGUUUCACCUUGCUGCAUCUAGCUGUCAAUUCGAAUACCCCAGUUGAUGAUUUCCACACCAAUGAUGUCUGCAGCUUUCCAAAUGCGCUUGUCACCAAGCUCCUGCUGGACUGUGGUGCUGAGGUGAAUGCUGUGGACAAUGAGGGGAACAGUGCCCUGCAUAUUAUCGUUCAGUACAACAGGCCCAUCAGUGAUUUUUUGACCUUGCACUCUAUCAUCAUUAGCCUAGUUGAAGCUGGCGCUCACACUGACAUGACAAAUAAACAGAAUAAGACUCCGCUAGACAAAAGUACAACUGGGGUAUCUGAAAUACUACUUAAAACUCAAAUGAAGAUGAGUCUCAAGUGCCUGGCUGCCCGAGCAGUUCGGGCUAAUGACAUUAACUACCAAGACCAGAUCCCCAGAACUCUUGAAGAGUUUGUUGGAUUUCAUUAAGUGACUGGAUAUGUAAAAUCGUUUAAUGUGGUGCUAAAAAGUAAAGAACUUUAAUCACAGACAAUAGAAUUAUGUGUUCAUAAAUUCUGCUUAUCUUUCCACUACCUUUCUCUCUUCUCAUCCUUCCUUAGUUCUGUAUUUUGUCUUUUUGCCUCAUUGGGUAAUUGAUUGCAGAUACACUUGAAACAAAGCCACAUUGUUUAGGUGUAACUAAGGUGUUUGAAUAUUGGUUACUUAACUAUUUUUCUUUUUUUCUUUUUGUAAGGAAUGAAUAUAAAAUAUUUUGUUUAUGCAAUAAGGAACAUUUAUGAUUUGAAGUUGAUAAUGUUGAAAACUGCCUACAAAAGUAUUUCUGUUAAGCCUUUGUCAGCAUGUUAUCCUUGCAGCAGGUUUGAGGAUUUCAUGAGGAAAAACAACUACAAAAGAACACUAAAAGUAAUGGAAUGCAGGUGUUCUGCACAUGCCAAACUGCUGUAGGUAAUUUACAUUCUUCCAUUAUUUAUGUGGAGUGAUAAUACAUUACACUAGGAGGAUUUAAUAAAAUAUAGCUGCAGAUUAAUCUGAAAAAUGUGCUAAUUAAUAAUAGUUACAAAUUUAUAAAGUUAAAUCCAUUGAAAUUGUCGCAUUAUGCUAGGUGAUAUAUACAAAGUAGUAAUAAUCUUAAAGCAACUUUUCAGAGAAUAUUGAUGGACUAUUUGCCUUUAGGCUUCGAAUUCUAAAAUUCUUUGAAGUCUCUGUUUUAAUAUAGUUUAUCUAAAUUGCAGCAGUCUGCAUUUGACUCAUCUCACAGACAUGUAAAAAUUAUGAAUGCUAUGCUUUUUGUGAAACAAAUUGUCAUAUAUAGUUCCACGUUCUAUUUUUGUUCCUUUCUCCCUUUCCUUCUGUGUAGUAUCUUUUAAAAUUUGGAAACUACUUUUCCAGAGGGCAUUAUUUGUGCCUCCCCAAUAAGGUGUGUAUGACAGAUGAAAAGGAACCAGGAUAUUUUUCAUUUUUUCACUUUGUUUACUUAGUCUGUGAUAAGAAGUAGAAAAUAUCACUAGUGUGGUAUAGGAAAUUAAUGUUUUUGAUGAUGAAAAUAAUUUGCAAUGCCACUUUGAAAGCUAUUUCUGUCUGAGAGCUGCAGACUUUUCAACCACAAAAUGUCACUUAUUCUGACAGGCUGUACAGAGGUCUUUAUGAUUUUUGUUUUGUUUUGUUUUGUUUAAAUGGCAACAUUUUAAGUGUCAGACUAAAAGUGUAUUCUGUGAUUAUCUUUUAAGCAUCACAGAAAUUCAAGUAAAGGGUACACACCUAUUUUUAUUAAUGUUAAAAAUGAUAAAGUAAAAUUAGCUAUAAUUGUAUUUUUCUCUCUAGUGCCAAAUGAAUGCCUUAGCUACUCAUAGUGCAUGGUACUGUAAGUGAAGAUCUACAGCCUUUUUUUUUUUUUCGUUAAUGAAAAGCAUUAUAAUGAUGUAGCAACAUCAGAUACAAACUUAAAAAAAAACCUGUAAAGUUUCAGUUUUAUGUAUGGAUAUUGCUCUUUGAAGUAUAAGCGAAAGGUUGCAGUUAGAUCAGUAUAAAACAUAAUGACCAAGCCAAAAUCUGCACCUAGGGGCCUUAAAUAAAAUGGUGAUACCCCACAAAAUGAAAUACUUUGAAGGGUGGGAGGGACUAGAAGGGGGAACUUUAAAAACUUUUCCCCCAAGAGUGCAAGAUACUUUUACAGCUACUGUAGUUAUACUUCGUGUGUCUUCUUGCUUCAGUUAGGAAUGUUUUGAUGGUAAAUUCUGUCAUGAUAAUAUAUUUCUGUUUUCCUAACCUGCGAUUUUUACAAGUAAGAUUGUUAAGAUGUUUUAAAGGGAGAUAUUUGAGCCCUAAUUCGAAAAUUAUUGGCCUUGAUCCUCCUGGUGUGAAUCAAGGAAAUGCUGUACCUUGCUUUUGGCAACUCUCAUGGACUGAAAGAGAAAAUACACCUCCUCAAGGUGAGUGAAUCACGCCUUUCCACAGCUCAGACCAGACCCUAUACAUUUGAGAAAAGGCCUGCUUAUUUGACAGUUUGAGGAAUGGCUAUGACACUUGAUAUUCAGUUCGUUCCAUUAUUAAUGUAUAUGAUUUUUAAACAUCAAAACUUAAAAUGUUGGAUAAUGUUGCAUGUUUUAAAAAACAUUUCAUCGCGUUGGCUACCCAGGACCAUCACUGUUUUAGAUAUUAUUUAUAAAAUGAGGAUAAUGAUUAUAUGUAUAUAUCUAGACAUCAAAAUUUAAUGAUAGUGUUUUUGAGAAGGGAGGACUGAAUGCUAGAGAAAGUAAACCUGCUGACUGAAAUGUUGACAAAGUUAGAGAAAUAAUUUGAAGACAGUGGAAUAAACUACGAACUCUCUAAUGGUAACUUUUUUUUUUUUUUACUAUAGUAUAGUAGUACAUUGUAUACUAUAUUGCUAAGGAUCUAAUUCUGUCUUGUAAAAUAAAUCCAAAUUUGUAUUGUGAAACACCUGUAUAAAACCAUUCUUGAAACAAGUGAUCUACAUGCCUGUUUUUAUUUGUUUUUGGUAGAAUUAUUUUUAAAUGUUUAGCCAAACCCUUCCCAAGCUUAAGUUUUUUUUUGUUUGUUUGUUUGUUUUUAUAAGGAAAAUAGGUAAGAAAGGUGGUAGUUCUGUAUCUCAGCUCUCUGAGAACUUUAGGCUGUCCAUUUUCCAGCCAUUUUGUCAUUUUGUUUCUUAUUGGUAAGAUUACCCUUUGGAUUGUAAGUCUUUCUUGAUAACAUUACAAAUUCAAUCAGAACUUUUGUCUUACUCAAUAAUUGUCAUAAAUUUGGUCGAACUAGAGGCCCAGGUGGAUGAAUCCCUGGGCAAAACAUGUGAAACCUAGCUUGGUUUUAUGCUUUUAAUAUAGUUGGUGAAAUUGAGUUCUCAAGUUUAGGUAACUACUUAACUCAAGGAACAGGCAGCAAAUCUGUCCCCUCAACUGAUAAAGAAUGAGGGCAUUUUUGGCAUAAGAACUCUGACACAACAUUGUUUUUUUAAGUCUACCCUGGAUUGCUCUAGUAGGCCACAGUCUAACUACAUUAAGGUUCUUUGCUGUGGGCAAUUCCAACAGACAAACACCAAAAGGCAAGCUUUGGUCUUGCUGGUUUCCGGGAAGGGUUUUGUUUCAUGAUACAAUCAUUGAUUAAUAACUAGUAAUUAUGAGAAACUUACGUAUGAUAGCACUAGGUAAAAUAAAAUAUGAUUUGGAAGCAGCAGCUCCCUAAGAAUGAACUCUGCAUUUGGCAAGCAUUUUUGAAAAUUAAAAUCCCAAGGGAACAACACCUUGUCACCAGUUUCCAUUACAGUCGAAGCAGCUCCUCCAUAAAUAAGACCAUUUUGGAUUAUUCGAGCAGAAGUAUUUUUUUUUGUUUGGACUGGGGCAGGGUGAGGAGUGAGUUGCUGGACCUUAGAUUACAGUUUGCUGGUUUUAGAAACAGAUCGAACUAGUGAAUAGAUGGAUAAAAGUAUAAAGGACUUGUUUUUAUGAUAGAUUUUCUGUAAAAAUCUUAACUGUUCUUUUUCAGGCUAGCCAGAUGUAUUAAUAUACAGAUGACUAUGCUGUUUUCCUUACCGACUAUACUAUAACAUUAAAAUGGGUUAAAGAAAUCUAAACUCUGUUUUUGCUCUAUGAAAAGUUACUAGUUCAGAAGAUUCUAAGCUGUGUGCUCAUUGCUACUGUGAAAAUGCACAGCUCUGCUCUGGAUACCUUCUCUGGAAAGUAGAAAGCUCCCAGUUACGUAUGGCUCAUUGCAGGGCUUUCUCAUACAUUUCUGGCAGAUUUGCCCAAAUCUUCAGAUGGGCUGGGUUCUAUAGCAUUCCCUCCCCCAGGUAUGGGAUCUAAAAUAAAUACUACACUGAUAGUGGUGAUAGAUAUAUUAAUUUUUAAAACUAUAAAUGUGGUCUCUAGUCCUAGGUUUGUGGUGUGUUCCUUUGGGUUAAUUGGAAGGGAAGGGAAACUGAUUUUGGUUAUGGGGAGUGUAUCUUGAUGUGUGUGCAGGGGUGAGUAUUGCUAAAUUAUUAACAACUUUUCAUUUAGGGGGUUGAGUCACAUGAUGUAUGGCCUAAUCAGAAAAAUGAAGGAGCAAAGAUGCAAGCUUUGCCAAGUGAUGAAGUGAACAAGGUUUUGUAUCUGUUUUUUUUUGUUUUGUUUUUUGUUUUUUAAUCAAGUGUUGUAAAAUCUAUGCAUGGCUUUUUUUUUCGUUGUUGCUUAGUAACUGGUAGAGGAGAAAAUAUGAGGGAAAAAAGCCCUCAGCUUUGCUAACCAAUCUUUUCAGAGGUACAUAGUUCGGGAGUAAAAUCUGACUGGCCUAACAUGUUGAAAGAUCCUGUCCUUUGUAAUAUUCACCCCAUCCCACAAUCCUCCAUGUAGAGGAACUAAAUGGUUGUAUUAUAGUAAUUCACUGUGAUUUAUAACAAACCAGUGAUGUCAUUCUAUUGUGCACUUUUGUCAAACAAACCAUUUACGUGACUUUAAUAAACUUAGUAAACUUGCCGACUGCACCAGAGGUCUAUUAGUGAUUUAUAUAUUGCAUGACAUUUUCUAUUUGAGUUUGACAUGUAGAAUUAUUUUUAAUUUCAUGGUAGUCUACAGUCCUAAUAGCCCAGCUAAUUUGAAACUAACAAUAUUGCUGUGUAAAAGGAAAAAAAUGGUGUUUGUGUUCAGUAAAUGUUUGAAAAAAAUUA